AUGCAGCUCGUCAACAACGAUCUCAUUGGCAUGCAGCUCCGAGUCGUCAACAACGAGGACGGCCCGAUGGUUGUCAACAACAACAACGAGGACAACCCGCCGAUGGUCGUCAUUGAGCAAGUAGGUGGUUGGCAUCUCAGGCUACAUGUCGCAGAACAUGAUCUGGCAACUCAACCUGCGACGUCGUUCCCGUUGGACACGCUCAAGGACAACAAGCCCGAGCAGGGUCACCUCCAGCUCGAGAUGUCUCGAAACCUUCAAGUUGUCCAUGCGCCUCAAGUAGCUAUCCUCGGAAACGGCAGUGUUCAAGUCGUUGCAGAGAAUCUCGCGGACAUCAAGCACAUCAUCGUCGACGCUGCCGCGUUCCCUCCAGACAUAAGUCCGACGGGCAUACUGUGA